GGUGCUUGAAUGCAAUGUGGUGAUCAAGUCCUGUAGUGUCUUCUUAUUGGUUUCAGACGGUCCCAUCCAUUUGUACUUAAGUCUGUACAGGCGAGAUGCGCAAAUUAAUAGUGCAAUCUGCUGCAGGUAGUCUCUGUGUUUGAAGAUGGCAGUCAACAUCCCUGGUCUGAUUGCUGUAAUUGUGUUUUAUAUACUCAUUCUGGCGACUGGCAUUUGGGCUUCAAGAAAAUCCAAGAAAGAAGAGAAGAAAUGCACGGGAAACAAAAGCGAGGUGGCCAUGGUUGGGGGCCGAAACAUGACUCUCUGGGUCGGGAUUUUCACUGUGACCGCAACUUGGGUUGGAGGAGGUUACAUCAUGGGAACUGCAGAACUGGUUUAUGAUCCAUCAAAGGGCCUACUUUGGGUUCAUGGACUAGUUGCAUUUGCAUUUAACCUGUUUGUUGGUGGAUUUUUCUUUGCCAAGCCAAUGAGAGAAAGGAAUUAUGUAACAAUGAUAGAUCCAUUCCAGCUCAGAUAUGGAAAUGCAUGGACAAUUGUGCUUUGCAUUCCUGCAAUACUGUCAGAAGUAUUCUGGUCAGCCUGCACUCUUGCAGCUUUAGGGGGAACAAUGAAGAUAAUACUGGAUAUUGCACCCUAUCAGUCAAUCCUAAUCUCUGCUAGUGUGGCAAUACUAUAUACAUUACUGGGGGGCCUGUACUCUGUAGCCUACACAGAUGUUAUCCAGCUCAUCUUGAUAGUUGUCAGCCUGUGGCUGUGUGUUCCAUUCCUCAUGCUAAAUCCAACUUCUACAGACAUUGUAAACACUGCUGUUAACAAAGUAUAUCAAGCCCCCUGGCUUGGUAAAAUAGACCUGGUGGAUCUAUGGAGAUGGCUAGAUGACUUUUUUCUUUUGGCUCUUUCUGGCAUUUGUUAUCAGUGCUUUUAUCAAAGACUUCUGGCAGCAGCAUCUUCUGCACAGGCACAAAAAAUGUGCUAUGUUGCAGGAGUGUUGUGCUUUUUCUUGGGUUUCCCUUCUGUGCUAAUUGGUGCAGUAGCAGCUUCAACAGACUGGAACCAGACAAGCUAUGGUUUACCCUCACCAUAUGAGAAAGGAGAGGCUGGUGUAAUCAUGCCCAUCGCUCUGCAGCACCUAUGCCCCAUCUACAUCUCCAUCGCCGGAAUCGGAGCGAUCGCCGCUGUGGUGAUGUCAUCUAUGGACUCCACACUUCUAUCUUCCAGCUCCAUGUUCACCCACAACAUUUAUAAGAAAAUCAUAAGAAAAAAGGCAUCUGACCGAGAACUCAUGUGGGUGAUCAAAAUUGCUGUGCUUUUCUUUGGAGUUCUUAGCAUGUGUCUUGCUAUGACAACCUCCUCAGUUUAUGGGUUGAUGUUCAUGAGUGAAGAGCUAAUAUAUUGUACCAUUUUCCCUCAACUUGUUUCUGUCCUUUUUAUCCCAGUGUCGAAUGGCUACGGUUCAGUUGUGGGGUACCUGGUGGGAGUGACGUUGAGACUUUUAGGGGGUGAUUCAUUCUUCAACAUCCCCCCUGUUAUUCACUACCCAGGCUGCACACUCAUAGAUGGCGGCUAUGUGCAGCUCUUUCCAUUCAAAACCCUGUCUAUGCUGCUUUCCCUGUUGACUAUUGUUGCUGUCUCCUGUCUCACAUCACUGCUGUUUAAACGGGGCCUGUUGCCCGAAAAGUGGGAUAUUUUUGACGCAAAUAAAAAAACUGAUGUUAUUCUGAAAGAUGUGAUUCUGAAAGAAUCAGACAAAGAAACUGAACUAUCACCAAUUAACAAUGAAGAUCAAGCAUAAAGGGAGUGAUACAGUGGGCCUAAUGGUAAAUCUCCAAGUGUAGUUACUCAUGCGUCAACUACAUUUGUCAAAAAUGACCCAAAGAACUGUCCUUUUCAAGACUGUCAUUUUUUCACGGGAUAUUUCAUGUAUCAAGAGACUGUUUUGGAUUCACUUUACUCUAGUAAUUCCAAUAAAGAUGUUUGUGAGAUGUGAUGAAAAAUAAAGCAUUAAUGGACAGAAAGAGUUACAUGGGCAAUUCCAUGAUAGUGACCAUGAAGAAAAGUUUCAUAUUAAAAAAAAAAUAAUAAUAAUCCAUCUUUAUUUUUGUUUCUCAUUUUGUAAUUUCUUUACAAACAUUAAAAGUUAAUUUAAAACAAGCAAAAAAAAAAGACAUUAAGUAAAUAUACCUUUUUAGUCUGUGACUAGACUACAGAUCUGCUUCUAUGUUGUUGCAAAUGUACACACUAUGCCAGCUCUACCUAUAAGUUUAAAUUGUUGGUAAAACAGUGGCCUGACCCUUAACCAAUGUAUGGUUGUCUAUGUCUCUUUAUCUAAUGCUUACUUAUUGUUUUGUAUUCCAGUUUUGACUAAUCUGGAGUGCUUUCAGUGAGGGUCAUGUCAUAUUUUCGUUAUCAUUUUGGAUUUUUAAAAACGGAUUCUAAUAAACUAUUGAAGUAGAAAAACAUAACUUGAGGAAUCUGAC